AGCGAGGCAGGCAAAGCCGCGACUCGGAGGGCGCUUCGUGCCGGUGCCGAGGGGGUUAAGUGGUUGGCUACCGCGGGGGCCGUCGCUCGGCUCCACUCGACUCCGCGCCGUUCUGUGCUCUUCUGCCUAGAGUCGGGGCUCGCUCUGCCAGUGGGAAGAUGGCGACGGAAGGAGCGAGUGGGGAGCCCGGCUCCAGGAGCCGGGGGGAUCCGACAGCAGCGAAGAGAGAGUUUGAUCUGGACAAUCUCAGCAAAUCAGAACUGCGGAUGCUUCUGAGUGUUCUAGAAGGGGAGCUGGAAGCACGAGAUCUUGUGAUUGAAGCUUUAAGGGCACGGAGGAAGGAGGUUUUUAUCCAGGAACGGUAUGGGAGAUUUAAUCUUAGUGACCCAUUUCUGGCUCUGCAGCGAGACUACGAGGCAGGUGCUGGUAAUAAAGACAAGAAGUCCAUCUGUACCAACCCACUCUCUAUCUUAGAAGCUGUUAUGGCUCACUGCAGAAAAAUGCAAGAGAGAAUGGCAGCUCAGUUGGUUGCUGCAGAAAAUAGACAAAAGAAGCUGGAAAUGGAGAAAUCACAGUUACAAGCACUCGAAAUGGAACAUAAGAAACUCUGUGCUUGUCUUGAAGAAGAGCGUGGCAAGAAUAAACAAGUCGUGUGGAUGCUAGUGAAAGAAUGUAAACAGCUAUCCAGCAAAAUAGUAGAAGAGGCCCAGAAGUUGGAAGAUGUCCUGGCAAAAUUUGAGGAAGAAAAGAAGAAAGCCGGCAAAUUGGAGGAUUCUCUUGCCGCUGAGAAGCAACGGAGCGCCCAGAUGGAAGCACAAAUGGAAAAGCAGCUUUCUGAUUUGGAUACAGAAAGGGAGCAACUGCAUGCCAGGCUUAGCAGAGAGGAAGCACACACCAGUGAUCUCAGAGAGGAGAGGGAGAGAAUGAGAAAAAUGAUUGAGCAGCUGAAAAAGGAAAAUGAUAGUAAGUUGCACCUUUCCCUCCCACGUAGGAGCAAAGAUAGAGAAUCGGUUUCUGUCUCUGUUGGAACAGAGGGAGCAUCUUUGAGAACACUUGCCUGCCAGACAGAUGCAGCAUUCAUAGAUGGUGGAACUGAAAGUAUUAGGAAGUUGCCUUUAACUGUACCUGUAAAGCCUUCAGCUGUCAACCCUUUGCUCCCUGGCCACACAAAGAUGAAUGUAUGCUCCAAUGCAUCAUUUGUGAAGCCAGUCAUUGACAGGCAUUCUUCCUGUGGUGACCUCCUUUUAUCCCCCUCAACUCCCAUUCUGACUCACGGUCAAAGCAGAAUUGAGGAGAAUGGACCAAAUACAACACCUGACCCAUCAGGUCUACCUUCCUCUUUUCCAAAUAACGUUGCAUCCUCUCCAGCACCCAGUAUAGCACCUCAGAACUACUUGCAAGCUUCGUCUAUGCACUCUCUGCAUUCUCCAUCUGCUGGCACUGCGGGGCACCAAGGUCUGAAUCCACGUGUCCAGGCAGCUAGGUUUAGAUUUCAAACCAAUGCUAACGAUCAAGACCAAAAUGGAAACACUACCCAAAGCCCUCUGUCAAGAGACGUGUCGCCCACAAGUCGAGACAACCUAGUUGCCAAGCAGCUAGCUCGGAAUACCGUCACGCAGGUCCUUUCAAGAUUUACAAGUCCUCAGGGCUCUGCGCCUGGACGGCCAGGAAUGUCCCAUUCGAUAGACGUUGGCACUUAUCCUCCCCCAGUCGGUAGAAUGGGUUUAAAGACUCCUAGUGUGUCAAGAAUUGACAGAGGGAACCCUCCACCCAUUCCUCCAAAAAAGCCAGGCCUUUCACAAACUCCUUCACCACCGCACCCACAGCUUAAAGUCAUUAUGGAUAGUGGUCGCUCCCCUAAUAUAGGUUCCAAAACUGAGAGCAAAACCCUAGUUUCACCUCCUUCCAGUUCACCUCAAGGAAUCAGGGCAAUAAAUGAGGAAGCUAUUUCUAAGUCCUCACCUCAGCUGCCACCAAAACCAACACUAGAUAUAUCUGUGGCAUCUGCAGGCUGUGCCAUACCAGCCAUGGCCACGUCUCAGGUGGGUGCCUGGCCUUCCCAAUCCCCUGGACUGAACCAACCUGCAUGUUCAGAAAGUUCCUUUGUCAUUCCCACCACCAUUGCCUGUAGCUCCUCCAUAAACCCUGUUAGUGCUUCAUCCUGUAGACCAUGUGAUUCAGACAGCCUACUGGUAACAGCAUCAGGCUGGUCUCCCUCCCUAACCCCUUUAUUAAUGAGUGGUGGUCCUGUCCCCCUGGGUGGCAGGCCCACCCUUCUUCACCAAGCUGCUGCCCAGGGAAAUGUCACUUUAUUGUCAAUGCUGCUUAAUGAAGAAGGUCUGGACAUUAAUGACUCCUGUGAAGAUGGCUAUUCUGCCUUGUAUUCUGCUGCUAUGAAUGGACAUACAGAUUGUGUAAGAUUGCUGCUGACAUCAGAAGCACAAGUUGAUCCUGUUGAUAAAAAUGGCUUUACACCCUUGUGUUCAGCAGCUGCUCAGGGACACUGCAAAUGUGCAGAAUUAUUAAUCAUGUAUCAUGCUGACAUUAAUCACGCUGCUGAAAAGGGAGAGACACCUCUCUACUUGGCCUGUGGAAAUGGAAAUAGUGAAUGUGUCAAACUCUUGCUGGAAGCUGGAGCAGACAGAAGUGCAAAAACUUGUGAUGGCUGGACACCAUUUCAUGCUGCUGUGGAUGCUGAUAAUGUUGACUGCCUAAGAUUUCUUUUGUACUAUGGAAAGCCGGAAGAUGGAAACUUUGUGAAUGGAGCAGAUGCUGAUAUAUGCAUCUUUGACUUGGAGUGUGGAGAAGACAGCUGUAGCCACAAAGCAAAGCCCAUUGUUUUUGCAGAUCUCAUCAACCACGCUGACAAAGACGGCUGGACUGCAGCCCAUAUAGCAGCGUCAAAAGGCUUUAAGAGCUGCCUAGAAGUCUUAUGUAGCCAUAGCGGACUGGAGGCUGAGAGGAAAGAUAAAUGUAACCGAACGCUACAUGAUGUUGCCACCGAUGACUGCAAAUAUCUUCUAGAGAAUCUGAAUGCUCUCAAAAUACCUUUACGGAUUGCAGUUAGCCAGGUAGAGCCAGCCUACUAUGGUACAGAGGAUCUCGAAAUGGAAAACACCAUUGGUGUAUUAAAAGUCCGUAAGCAGGUGGCCUGGGAUGAUUUUUCAAAAGCAGUGACUCAAACAGUGACAAACCAUUUCCAAGCAAUCACCUCUGAUGGAUGGAACAGCCUACAAGACUUGACACUUAAUAACACCACAGAAUCUGGCAUCGGCCUCACUGCAAGCAGUAUACUAUCCAUCAAACUUGGCAAUGUUUCAUGGUCAAUAGGUCAGGCAUUUCCCCAACCGCCUUGGGAAUUUUUUAAAAGGAAUCAGGUGGAACAUAUAAUCAUAUUUUUGCUUGGUCCUCAAGAAGGCUGUCUGCACAGUGUGACAUAUGCAUCUAUGAUCCAUCUUCAGACACUGCGGAAUUAUCUCCGGCUGGUGGAACAGUACCGUAAUAUUAUCUUCCAUGGUCCAGAAGGAAGCUUGCAAGAUUAUGUGGCAUACCAGAUAGCCCUCUGUAUGAAGUACAAGCAACUGGCUGUGGGAUUCAGCUGUGAAAUUGUCAAAGUGAAGAUAGAUACUGAUUUCUCCAAGGAGCAACUUGCAGAAUUAUUCAUCAAUAGCGCUUGCCUGAUCCCAGUGAAACAACCUUCUGUGAGCAACAGAAUCAUUGUAAUUUUAGAGAAUUUGGAAAAGACUGCAUUACUGGAAUUACUUGGAGAGUUUCUUCAACCUCUUGAAAAUCGUGGCUCUGAUAACCCCUGCACUAUAAAAAAAGCCAGUGGUGCAUCUGAAGCAUAUUACUUUCAUGAGAAUUGUUUUUUUAUGGGGACCAUUGCAAAAUCUCGGCUUCAAGGCUCUGACCUCAUGGUUCAGCAACAUUUCCUCUGGGUUCAGCUCAGAUGGGAUGGAGAACCAAUCCAUGGCCUCCUGCAGAGGUUCUUAAGAAGGAAGGUUUUAAGCAAGUUCAGAGGAAAAAUGCCGUCUCCAUGUGAUCCAGUGUGCAAGAUUAUAGAGUGGAUUAUUGCAGUCUGGCACCAGCUCAAUUCGUGUUUAUCGCGGCUCGGCGCACCUGAAGCACUUAUUGGACCAAAGCAUUUUCUUUCUUGUCCAGUGGUGCCUGGACACGGCCACACAACAGUGAAGUGGAUGUCCAAGUUAUGGAAUGUUAUGAUUGCUCCCCGAGUUCAAGAAGCAAUUCUCUCCAGAGCUUCUCUGAAAAGACCGUCUGCACUGGGACAGAUGGCAGUCAAGAAAAGUCCGAGCCAAGGGCAACAGGCUGUGGUAAAAGCUGCACUCAGCAUCCUGUUAAAUAAAGCCGUUCUACAUGGGUGCCCUCUUCCCAGAACAGAGCUGGAUCCGUACGUUGCCGAUUUUAAAGGAGGAAACUUCCCACUCUCCAUGGUGUCAAACUACAAGAAUUGCCCCAAGAAAAGAGGGGAAAGCAUUGCUUGGAGAAAAGUGAGCACAAGUCCUCGUAAGAAAUCUGGCCAGUUGUCAGCCCAGUCCUGGAGUAGGAAAGAGGAAACUGUAGAAGGUAUCAAGUCAAAGAACAUAAUGCAGGAAAAUGGCAACAAAAUGGCUUCUCUAACAAAAAAAUGUCUAGAAGAUGACCCACUAAGUGUGUUAAACCUGGAGCAGAGGCUGUCUCUUGGGUCUGAUGACGAAAUAGACCUUGUGCAGGAGCUUCAGAGCAUAUGUUUAAGCAAAUCAGAAUCUGACAUAAGCAAGAUAGCAGAUUCAAAGGAUGAGCUGAUGGUGAUGAUUAAUACUUCUCAGAAGGAUCCUGUGUUUUCAGCAAAUGUCAUUAGUGCCAAAACAUCAGCAUCACAACAGGAUGGAAAUUCUGGGAUCUGCCCUCUCAGCAGCAGUCAAACUGUAGAAUGCAGCAACAGUAAAUCAAAAACUGAGUCUUUCAAGAGUGGUGUUUCAAGAGUGAAAUCUUUUCUUCCGGUCCCCAGAAGUAAAGUCAGCCAGUCUUCUCAGAACACUAAACGAAGCAGCAGCAGCAAUACAAGGCAAAUAGAGGCAGUGAAUGACUCAAAAGAAUACAUUUGGAACAUGCACAAAAAAAUACAACUUGAAAAAUACAAAUAAAUAUACCUGUUUACCGUUCAUUUUCCCCCUUCGGUCUUUGCAUAAUCUUUGUUAUCUUGGAGAACAAAUUCAUUCAAAAGUGUAAAUAAUUUUUAAAUGAUUUUCUCAUUUAUGAUGUAUCUAUGGGACCACAGUUUAAUUUCAGUGUAAAUAACCUGUUUAUAAUGAAAAUAUUAGAUUAUAUUGAAUUGAACUUUAGAAGUGGAAAGUGAUAGCUUCACAAAUGAUUUUCUAAUCUGAACAUUUUUAUUGUUUAAUUAUAUUCAGGGGUAUCACCACAAAGAAUGUGUGCGGGUGUAAAUAAAUAAAUAAAUAAAUAAAUAUUGGACUCGAUCAAGAGAUACUGGUGUAUAAAAGAGCUAGUACCAUAUGUGAUGCUUCUGUGGAGAUAUGUGAUCUCUAUUGCAUUAAGAUACAGAUAGCCAAUUUGAAAGGACUGACAGUCUAUUCAUACUGCAUAGUCAGUGUGGCAGUUUCUGCAUAUACAUCUUCCAGUAUGCAUAGGAUUCCCUCAUGACAGGAUCCUAUGUAGAUUUCUACGUGGAGGAAAUUAAGCAGUGGAUCUGCUUUUGUUUCCUAUGUAUAGUAGGAUCCUACGGGGUGUUGCUUACAUGAAAAUGCUAUUCUGUAUGUGUAAAAUCUAUACUGCCUGUAGAACAGGAUCACUAGAUUUGGGUGAUAAUCUUUAUAUAGUUAUAUAUACUGAGUUUCCUGUGUUAUAUUUCAUACAUUGGGUUACACAAUUCUGUACAGUACUGGCUUAAAGGUAACAUACAUGUGUUUUCAAGGCAAAAAAAAAUUAUGUUCACUUGCUGAAAAGUGAAUGGAAUGUGGCAAUAAUGGGAAGAAUUGGGAAUAGUGCCCAGUUACUUUCAGUUAUAAACUGCAUUAAAUAUUUCAAUUGCUCAUGCUAUUGGGUAGCUUGGUUUAUUUCUUGUCUCACUCAAACGCUUUUGUUGCUUCAAUUUUGCUUUCCAGUUCUUGAAUGAAUAAUAAUUUGUGCAGAUUCUACUUUUCUGUUAAAAAGAACUCCAAAGCCAUCCUAAUAAGCAAUCUGUUGCUAUUUGUCCCAUUGUUUUUUUAUUUGUGGGAAAAGAUGACCUCUAAUUAUAUAAAUUAUAUAAUUUGCGCUAGAAAAACCUUUCACUUUUCUCAUUUUUGGCAAAUACUAAGAAUUUUGGGCAUUUUACAUUAAAAUAUAUUUUUAAAGGACAGCACUAGAUUAAUACACAGUAGUUAUCAGGAGAAAAAGGAACAGCAAUAAAUCGGGGAAUGUGAUUUACCCAUUUGUGUGUAUUCAGACUAAAAUAAUGUUUUAACUGCUAUUCGCCAGGGGCGGGGGGACUUCCAUUCUACAUCUUUUUCCCUCACAGAAGAUUGUACACUUUCAGUAUUUAUGGGCGCAGUUGUUCGAAGACUCUGUCUUGACCAGGCGCUUUUAUUAAAAGAAUAAACAGAUUUAUUCAGAAAAGACUCCGUGGUUGCCUGGUAAAUUACCAGGCACUUGCUCUGGCAGUGCUGCGAAGAUAUUCAAUCCAACUCCUUUGCAAGAGAGUUUGUAAAAGCAAAGUCAGCAGUUAACAUUAAAUGUUUUCCUGGAAUUUUCAUCUGUCAUGCCAAUAAAACCCUUUUGUACUGCAAUUUCUGCAAAUA